GUGCCUGAGCAUCCCCCCAUCCUCCCGCAUCCCGUGAUUCCCCUGCAUCCCGGUCCCUGAGCAUCUCCCGGUGCCCUCUCCCGGCUCGCAGCCCCCCCGCCCGGUGCCGGUGCCGUUCCCGGGGCUGCGGCAGGGCUGCGGCUCCCCCCGCCCCCGCCCGGCGCGUCACGGCGGGGCCGGCGGCGGCUGCGGGUGCGCUCGGCUCGGCGAUGGCAGCCCCGCGCCCCCCGGCCCCGCUCGCCCUCGCCCUGGCCCUGCUCGCCACCGCCACCGCCGCCGCCGCCGCCGCCGCCGCCACCACCACCGACCCCUUCUCGCCGCAGCUCGGAGGCACCGCCGGCUGCCGCGGGGACUGCGGCCGCAGCCUGGGGCGCCCCACGGCCGAUGCUGUUCUCAACGCCUGUUACCGGGGCUGCCGGCUGUUCUCCAUCUGUCACUUCGUGGAUGCGAGCGCAGAGCUCAACACCACCAGAACCGAGUGUGAAGCAGCGUGCGCCGAAGCCUACAGCAACGCGGAGGAGCGGUUUGGCUGCGUGAUGGGGUGCCGCAAGCAGCUGCCCGAGGUGGAGAGCAGCAAGGAGAAGAGCCCGGAGCUGAAGGUGCCGUCAUUCUCCAUGUUCGAUUUGGUCUCCACCUUUUGCAAUGACAUUGUCAGCUCUGCCCAGAGCUUCAUCUCCUCCACCUGGACCUUCUACCUGCAGGCGGACGAUGGCAAAGUCGUGGUGUUUCAGUCCCAGCCGGAGAUGGAGUAUCUGGUCCCCGAGGCUCAGGAGAUGCAGCCGGAGCAGCCGCCACGGCCGGGGCCGGGGUCCAGCCCCCGCGUCCCCCAGCCCCACACAGACCCCCGGGUGAUGGGGGACAAGCCCCCCGCGAAGGAGCCGCGCGGCAAAGCCAAGGCGCAGAACGCGGACCCCCCGCAAGCGGAGCACGACUUCCUCGGCUGCAUGUCCAAGUGGGGGGCCGUGGGGUGCUACAGGCGCUCGGGGCUUCCUCGCUGGAUCCUGGCCGCCUGCCUCUUCCUCUCCAUCAUGGUGAUGCUGUGGCUGAGCUGUGCCAGUUUGGUGACGGCCCCCGAGCAGCACGUCAAGACCCAGCCUCUGAGCAUCAAUGGGGACAAGGAGUACCUGGAAGACCUGGAUGGUUCCGGCACCUUCCCCCUGCCGCCCGUCAUCACCGUCACCCUCUGCCCCGGUGGCGAGGACGCGGGGCCGCUGCCCCUCAAAGUCGACCUGGACAAGACGGUCCUGUAGCUC